AUGAAGGGAGGCAUCCAACUUCCCACCAUCGUCGUUCUAGGUGAUCAAUCCGUUGGUAAAUCAAGCGUGCUUGAGUCAACCGCUGGCAUUGAACUCCCUCGAGGUGAUGGAAUGUGUACCCGGGUACCUUUAAUCAUGCAACUCCAGCAUCAUCCCACUCCAACACCUGUCCUUUCUCUUCACUAUGACAAUAACUUUGUCUCAACCGAUGAAACCCAAGUGGGUAAAGACAUCGAAAAGACUACUUUAGUCAUUACCAAGACGGAGAAGGGAGUAUACGAAACCCCAUUUACUCUUGUGAUAAAGAAAAACGGUGUGCCUGACCUUACAAUGAUUGAUCUCCCUGGUAUUACUAGUGUUAGAUUUUGGGAAAACUCCUCAAAUUGGAGUGUGUACCACUGA